AUCUAAAAACUGUUUUCCCGUCGUUUCCCGGUGAAGCCGUCGUAACCGUCUCACUGUCGGUCUUCAGGCUUUGCCUUUUUGGGUUUCAGCGAGGUGAAAGUCCACUUUCCAUUUGUGCGAGUCUGUGUGUAGCAGGCGGGGGGGCGUGGCCUUGCUGCUCAUUUACCUGGGCCUCCCCACGGCGUGGGCUCCUGUCAGUGCUGCCGUCAGUCAUGAGCGGACGAGUCGGAGACCUGAGCCCGAAGCAGGCCGAGUGCCUGGCACAGUUUCAGGAGCGGAUCCGGGACGUCCUGCCCAGCCUCCCAGCUCAGCAUGACCACUACCUCCUCCGCUGGCUCAGAGCCCGAAACUUCAACAUUCAGAAAGCUGAGGCCAUGAUCAGAAAGCACGUGGAUUUCAGGAAGCAGAUGAGACUGGACACCAUUGUGUCUGACUGGACGCCUCCUGAGGUCAUUCAGAAAUACGUCUCUGGGGGGAUGUGUGGCUACGACCGCGAGGGGAGUCCAGUCUGGUUCGACGUGAUUGGUCCUCUGGAUCCCAAAGGUCUGUUGAUGUCGGCGAGCAAACAGGACUACCAGAGGACGAAGAUCCAACACGCAGAGAUGCUGCAGCAGGAGUGCCGGCGCCAGUCUGAGAAGUUGGGGAAGAACGUCGAGGGCAUCGUUCUGAUCUACGACUGCGAAGGACUGGGACUGAAGCACAUCUGGAAACCUGCCAUCGAGACGUACGGAGAGAUCCUCACCAUGUUUGAGGAAAACUACCCAGAAGGCCUGAAGAAGGUUUUCAUCAUCAAAGCUCCUAAACUCUUCCCGGUGGCCUACAACCUCAUCAAGCACUUCAUGUGUGAGGAAACUCGCCGGAAGAUCCUCGUUCUGGGAAGUGAUUGGCAGGAAGAUCUGCAUAAACACAUCGACCCGGACCAGCUACCUGUGCUGUACGGCGGAACCCGGACCGACCCGGACGGAGACCCCCGCUGCAGAACCAUGAUAAACUACGGAGGAACCGUUCCCAAGUCCUACUACGUGCAGGACGCUCUGAAGGUCCAGUACGACACCAGCGUGACCAUCAGCCGCGGAUCCAGCCUGCAGCUGGACUUCCACAUCCCUGCCGCCAGCACCCUGCUGAGGUGGCAGUUCGCCAGCGAAGGGGCCGACAUCGGGUUCGGCGUGUACCGGCGCACUAAAGCGGGCGGCCAGCAGAAGGUUUCUGAGAUGCUGCAGGUUCUUCCCGGCCAACGCUACAACGCUCACAUGGUCCCUGAAAGCAGCUGCCUCAUCUGCUCGGAGCCCGGUGUGUACGUGUUGUGUUUUGACAACAGCUACAGCCUCCUCCAGUCCAAGAAGGUGAGCUACAGCGUGGAGGUGGUUCCUGCACCCGAAGAACCGAGUCCACGGCCCGGAGGAGACGUUCUGCUGCAGUGACCAUGCUCAGCCACGGAGAGCAGCAGAACCAUGACUAGCUGAGUUACCUUCUUACGGGAGCUAAGCUCGUUAGCACUUUAGCUCGACGAGAAGAGCUCUUCAAGAUGUUUCGCUCGACAGAAUCGCAGAAAAAACGCAGCAAAGACCGAGGAACCGUGUUUGACGAACGGCAAAAAAAUUGACGGUUUCAUGAAAUUUGUGAAUUUCUUGCAUCCUUUUUCCAGUAAACAUUUCUGAGGCCCAGCAGAAAAACUCAGACACCUGGGGGUCAAAUGAAGUCAUUGCAGUUUUUCACAGGUUAAUUCAAUUUAAUUUGACAUUUAUACUUAAAUAAGGAAGUUAAACCCUUGAUGAAAGACACUGCUGCAAGGAAAGUUUAUGUUUUACUUGUUUAAAGAUCAUUUUCAUAAAAGGAUUUUUGAACUAC